CGGCCAAAAUCCCGCAUCACUCUCACUAUCUGAUGAAGAGUGAAAGGGAGCGAGGCAGAGGAGCGGGGCCCGAUGUUUCUUCCACCUGCGCUUAACUCCAUGAAGGAACUGAGGACAAAAUACAGGCUGUAAGAGCCCAAACCUUCAUUUAACCCCUCCGUGAUGGCGUUCCUGCAGCAGAUGCGCUCCCCGCGCCUCUCCUUCAUCCAGACCAUUGUGUCCCUCCUCAUGGGCGGCAUGGCCCUCAUGUCCUCAUACUGGUGCGUGGGUAAACAGAAAGUGCCCAAACCGCUCUGCUCGCCCAUCAAGCAAAGCAACUGCAUCCCCGUCCCCGGCCUCACCAACUCCAACGUCCAGUUCUCCUGGGAGACCGGGGACGACCGCUUCGUCUUCCCCAGUUUUCACACCGGUCUGUUCGUCAUGUGCCAGGAGAACAUCUACACAGACGCCUGGGCGAUGAUGUGGCUGUCUCUGUCGAUGGAGAUCAUGUACGUCGGUCUGCUGGUCAUCAGCUGCACGCUGCUGUCGGUGCAGCUGUGCAUCCGGACCUGUUGUCCCUCCACGCAGCGCUGGGGUCAGAUGCUCAACGCCUUCGCUGCCGUCUUCACCGUCCUCGCAGGUGCAGCUGUUCCGUCUGCGUUCACAGGUCUGCUGGGGAUGGUGGGUCACAUGAUGUUCAUGCAGGUGUUUCAGAGCACCGCCUCCGGUGGACCAGAAGACUUCAAGCCUCACAGCUACGGCUACUCCUGGGCCUUCUACAUGGCGUGGUUCGCCUUCACCGUCUGCAUGUCGGCCGGCGUCUCCACCCUCAACAACUACACCAAGAAGGUCCUGAUGGUGGGGCCCCGACACAGCUCCAGCCUCAACGCCUGCAGCUUCAACUUUGUGGGGCUCCUGCCUCCUUAUUACACCCCCGGGAACCCGGCGAUGAGCCUGGCCCUUCCCCCGUCUCCCCCUCGGAUCUCACACCUGUCUCCUUACUAUAAGCCCCUCCCAGCAGAGUUACCGGCCUCCACUCCGAAGCUGACGCACUCCCACUCCCUGCCUCUCCCGCACUCUGACUCCUUCCCUCCUCCACCCUCCCACCCUGCGCCUUCAUCUCCGUUCCACCGCCUCUCGCUUCCGUCUCCAUCACCUUCUCCGUCCGUCUCCGUCCACCUCACCCUGCCCGCACACCAGGAGAAUUACGGACCAGAGGACGACUACAGCCCACUGUGAACCACUAUACAUCCGGACUGGAGUCUUUCUGGGACUAGAGGACUCGUGCCCGUCCUGGGAAUGCAGUUUGAUGUUUCUUUAUCAUCCGGCUUUACGUUUUCAGCCGUCCAGUGAAUCAGAUCUUAUCAUAAUCACAGUUCAGCUCAGGCGCCAGAGGAAAAUGGCGGCAUUGUACGUUUCUUCAGGCCACAAGUAUGUUGCAUUUUCACCUUUUAUACCUUUAUAUCAUAUCAACCUUUCUUGAGUGACAGGUUGUCUGUGAGGCGUUGCUACGGUCAGAUCCACACCUCGCUCCUCCACAGCUCCAACCUCACAUCCAAAUAUGGUCACUUUUGGCUCCAAAAAAACAAGAUGGCGAUGGCCAAAAUGCCUCAAGGCUUCAAAAACAUCACGGUGACUCUUAUUUAUACAGUCUUUGCUCCCAAGCUGCACCGGCUGGAUUGGAGAAGCCUGACCGGGUGCCACAAUCAGGAUCCCGGACUCGUCAGCCCGCUUUAGCAGGCGGAGCCAAUCAGGUGCAGAGGCCCAUACAUCCUGAUGAGCACUGCAAGAGGAGUUAACACGUGGAUGGUCUGUGGCUGAUCCGUCGCUGCUUUUACCAGCAAAACCAGGUAUUUUAAACCACGACAUGAUCUUUUCCUGACCAUAACCGAGUGGUUUUUGGGCCUCAACUUCAAAUGCAAAGUUUUAUUGACUAGAUAAUAACGUGCAAAUGCAACAUAUCCGUGGUUUGCAGAAACGUGCAAUGACAGCAUUUUUUCUGGCGAUUGUGUUGCUCAGUUCUAAUCAACCAGAAAAGUGUAAAUACAGACGCGAUUAUUAAUGACAACUAUUAUUAUAUAAAGUCAACAAAGUAAAGAAAAAGGCUUCAUAAACUUCACAUACUGUAAAAAAGAAAAAUAUCUCACUAAAACUGUCUGCAAUUUUCAUAAACAUUAGAUAUCUUGUUUUGACUAAUGCACAACAUUUGAAUAAAUUUGAUCAUU